AUGGAGGAAAAAGAACCGCUGAUAGUGGCCGUCUUUGAUUGUUUAAAAGUGCAUGUGUGCCUGGGCCAAAUUGGGCGCACACUCAAGAAGUACAUGCCGAUGGAAAUACACAAGAAGGCGCCCAUAUCCGACGACAUGUGUUAUGACCUACUGUCGUGCGUUCUGGAGGAGAGCAUACGCUUUGUGUAUGCUGCCGAAGACAUGCUGGAAGACAAGAAGACACUGCUUGAGACCAUACUGCGGUCCAACUUGCUAGUGAGCAUUUUGGAGAAGCCUAGCAAGAAUCUGGCCGCGUUCAAAGAAGCGAUUAUGUAUCUGGCAAAAGCCAGCCGAGGCGAGGCCACAAACGCGCAAGAGCGCGUGCGGCAGCAGACUGUCAUUUACAUGAACUUUCAGGAGAGCAUGAUAGACAACAAAAUCACACUAAAGGGCGCGAUCUGCUCGCUUCUGCACACUACUUUAAAAACCAUGGCCGCAACAGAAAGGAUCUGCGGGGUAAGCCCGGAAAAAUAUGCGCGCUUUCUUCUUAAGCUCGCCCUCGAGUAUGCAGGAUACAUAGAGCUGGUGUACUCUUCGCAUUUAAACGCCUUAAUAGAGCGUGUGCGCCGGGAGUGGGAGGCAGGAUGCAUACCACUCCAUCCGAAGCAUACCUAUGACGUUGACGAGACGCUUUUUGGCGUGCUGAGCAAAGAGGCCAUCUUUCUGUGCAACCCAAACAGGUCCAUGCGGCCAGUUCUAUGCGGCUCGGCAGGCGAAAGGAACCUCAAAGACAUACUGCACCAUGUGUGCGCCAGAAUGUUUCUGCUGGGGACCAUCAAACGCUACAGAAGCGUUGCGCUGAACGAGCAGUACUUCUACUGCCGGCUGAUGAUGGGUGUGUACGACAACUCCAUAAAACUGGAGCUGGGAAGGAGGAAGGCCGGCGACUGCAUAGUGUACGCUGCAUCCAGCCUGCAUGCAAUAAGGGCGUUCAAGCAAACGGUGAACCAGAAGCUGUUGCACAUGCUUUUUUCAGAACUAGACAAGAAAGAGGCGCCACAGCCGCCCCAGCAGAAAUGCGCAUGCACAGACGCGGGCCCAGACGACCAAGAGAGCAGUCUGCUUGACCGGCGCGUGCUUGAGCCUCUGUCGCCUUUGCAGAAGAUGUAUGUUUUCAACAAGGUGUAUGAGUAUGCAUCGAUACUUGGAGUUAAGCUCAAAACUCCACACUACGUGAAGUUAUUCCGCAGGAAAGCAUGCCACAUUCGGAGAGUGUUUGCUGUUUGCGCGAUUUUUUUUCUGGUUUUUGCAAUAUGCACUAUAUUCACAUGUUUCCGCGCCUUGGCAAGGGCGCUCGAUAAGUAG